AUGGUUGUGCUCGAGAUCUCUAACGACUUUGGAUACGUCCUCCUCGCCGCAGCGUCGACUGUCUUUGUCAACAUAUGGCAUGGAACUCAGACCGUCAAGGCCAGGAAGGCCAGCGGCAUCGGCUACCCGAACACAUACGCCACAGACGAGCAGGCGAAGCAGAACCCCGCUGCAUUCCAGCUUAAUUGCGCCCAGCGUGCUCAUGCCAACUUCACGGAGAACCUGACUCCCUUCAUGGCCACGCUGCUCAUCUCGGGUACCCGGUACCCUCUCCAGGCCGCCGUGAUGGGAGCCGGCUGGCUGACCUCCCGGAUUGUGUACACUAUUGGCUACACUGGAAGUGGUCCCAAGGGCCGGAUGGCGGGCUCCAUUGGUCACUACUUGUUCGGCCUGAGCCUGGCGCUCACUGCGUGCUACACCUCCGUGCAGAUGGUACGCGGCAACUAG